AUAGGGCAUGUCCAUUAUACAGUUCCUGUCAUGAUAGCUUCAACAGUAAAACAAAGAUAGAAGCGAGCCAAGGAGCCAAAAGCCCUAUUUUGAUUAGAAAUGGAGGAUUUGCCCCUUAAACCUCCAUCAAGAGGGCAUAGGCGCUACUGAAUUCAUAAUUUUUCUGUUGAGUCAUUCUUCUGCAUUGCUUAAGAUAGUUCAAAGGAAUCGGAAAUGGCUCUCAAGUAUACCAAAGAUCACUGGGCAUUUCUGGAAGAAAUUGAAGCACCAAUGUGGGUAGAUCUUACCCUAGAAGCAAAAUCUAAUAGCCAAGACAUUGAUGAUGGGUGGUUUUACACUAGCCAUGUGUUCCACCAGUGUUCUUCUCAACAGUUAAAAGCACUAUUUACUCAUUCUGGUGAGGGCAGUAUGUCAUCAGACAUUGAUCUGAAGGGGCCAUCUUCACCUAAGCUUCCAUCCUCAGUUUCAAGAUCCAGGGGCAAGCACUACGCGAGCAACAAGUGUGGUGGAAAUGGUCGCAAUCUUUCACUGAAUAAGCAGCAUCCAGUUAAGGUUUUAAAUGGGAAUUCUUCAAGGGUGAAUUCAGGAUCUGGCAAAGAAAUAAAACCCAAAAUAAGCUUCAUAAACUCCAAAAGAAUUUCAAGGUCGAAAAGAAGUUUUGUUCUUGAGAAGGAUUUAACUCAAAAUGUAAAAGAAAAUGAUUUGAAAGGUGCAGCUAAUCAUGGAACCUCUGAAUGUAGUCCAAAUUCUGUGGUUGAUAAGGCAGGUGAAAGCACUUCAAGUACCAUUACUUCUGAGAGUGGUCUAAAACCACAGCAAAGGAACCUGGAGGUAUCAAGUCAAGCUUUUGGUUAUUCAAGUGGACUAUUAUCAGCCAUUAGGAUUAGCCUCAGGAAAAGCUGUGUUACAAGACAAGCAUCAAGGGGGGAUUUUAAUAAUAAUAAUGGGAGGCAAUCAAGAGGUCAUAGCACGGGAUCAUCUUCAAACCCUCACUUUGAUUUUAAGAGUUCUACAGUUGCAUUGGUUCAGCAUAGAGAAUGGACCCCAGAUAGCAGAAAUGCAGCAGGAAUGACUAGAGCAACAAAAAACAAAGAUCAUAAUGUGUCCAAGGAUAGAAUCAACAAUGUUCGAAGGGAAAAGUCGUUUUCAAAGAUAGCCCAUCAAGAAGUUGAAAAGUCAAAGGUCCAAAAUAAGUCCCUAGGGGGGAAAGCUCUGCAGCAGAGGGUUAACGGACAAGGUUCGUUGGCUGGUGCUGCAAAAGCUAGGCAGAAGGUUAUGGUGGGAAGGCAUGACAGAUUGAUGGGUGGUGGAAAUGAGAAUGCAAUAGGAAGAGUGCCCUUGAGCCCGAAAUUCAGUGCUAAUGGAGUCAUUGCUAGGGGUCAGAAGGAGGCAAAACAGAAUGUGCCCCUAAAGACUGAUAGAACAAGAUUGGUCGGCCCAAAGGAAAAAAACAGCAGUCUAAAUAGAGGCAAACAUCCAACAAAUGCGACUCAGUCUCAGAGGGUCUACCUUCGAUGAGCAAGCAUUGGAGCAUAAUCAGUUUGUACAUAGAUUCUUAACCUUACUUCUCCAACUGGAAACCAAUCUAGAUUACAUUUGCCUCCAAAGCUGACUUACCGGGACUUACCGGGUUACAGGGACAAAUUUUGGUAUUAUUGUCCCUUGUGACUGCCCAUGCUUAGCUUUCAUUUGUAAAUACUCGCUCUUUGAUAUCUUUGUAAUUGAGCCGGCAUGAACUCAUUGUGACUCUAAUAUUUUACCAAGUUGCAUUGGAUAAAUAUAC